GUCACAUCGGUGACGCCACGGCGAGGUGGUGGCGGGAAUCCGUGAGGCGAGGUGCGGUGCUCGGAGGGCUGCGGCGCUCGGAGGGCUGCGGCCUGUUCCCCUCCCUCGGCUUUGCGUCGCCCUGCAGGGGGUCUCACAGCCUUGCAGAGCAGUACGAGUGGCACCUUCCGACGUCCUCACCUGCAGCCUGCAGCGGGCUGGAGGCAGCGCCGGGUUCAUCGCGCGCCUUUAGGGCUGAGAAGAGGUUUGUGUGGAGCUGUGCGGCCUCUCUGCUGUGCUGUGGGUGCCAGGAGGCCUUCAGCGUGUCUGUGUCUGAGCGAUGCUGUGUCACCCUCAGCACAAAGCAUUCUUAAGGAGGAAUGAGUUUCUCUCAUGGGUGUUCAGACAGGUGAACGGUGUUUAAAAUAAGUAAGGAAUGGAGAGGGAUGGGUAAGAAGCACAAUAGGGAGCUCCAGAGGUGUGCAGCAGGGCUCUCAUUGCCUCACUGCUGCCCGUUGAUUGAAAAGCACGUUGCCCAUAAGGGGUGGCCUUCAGCUCCUUUAGGUUCUGGGGAUAAAAGCACUCUGCCAUUAAUCCAAAUUCUGUAUUACUAUCAAAACCCCUCCUGCAUUGUUAGUGCCAGGUAGCGGUACAGUUCAGAUCCUGAUUGUGAUUUAAACGUACUUCGGGUACGUGCUCAGGACUUCUUUCUGUGUGAAGGAGGGCCGAGUGCUCCUGGUUUUAAGGAGAGCCAUGCAGGCCUGCUCCCACGCCUAGGAGCUCCGUGUGAUUUGGGGCUCAGCUCCUGGAAGCAAUUACCCGGCUUUAUUUAAAGCAGAACAUUCUUCAGGGAGAAUGCAGCACCUCUUUGACUGCUGAAGAUCAUUGUUUUCUCUGUGGGUUAUUGUAAAGCACGGCAGUGUGUGGCAUACGAGGAAUGCUGGGCCUGGUGCUGAUGGAGCUGCGGUUGUGUGUUGGUCUGAGCUGCUCAGGAGGAGCACUGUGAGCAGGAGUGCAGUGUCUGGGGGGAGGCAAAGCCCGCAGAGCCCCGGGGGCCGGAGGGGAGCAAAGAGCUCUUCAGAGCAUUGUGCUGAGGUGCUGGCAGGGGCUGCUGGGUACAGUCAGUGCAGACUGAAGGGUGAUCCUGAUAAGCAUCUCUAAUUACUUGUGAGUGCGUGUUCUUCUCCCAGCAGCUGUUUGUACCUUCCUCAUAGUCCCUGCACCCAGUGUGAGUGAAGAAUGUGCUCUUAAGCAACAGCUCUGUGUUCACAGUUUUUAAUAAUUUCUUCUGCUGGCGGGCAGAGGUUAUCAUCUGCUCGCUAACUUUUGCUUUCACUUCGAUUUUAAUGAGUUAAAACUUGCUUUAGCUCUACGUGUAGUUUCUCAUCCAUCAGAUCAUUUCAAAACAAUAGCGAGAACUGUUAGGAAGAGGAAGAAAUAGUGUGAAAGAAGGCGGGACGGGAGAAAAAUGAAAGAAAACAGGAAUUCCUGUCAGCACGUUGCUUAGUUGUCAAAAGGAAGCAGAAAAAAACAUGUUCUCAUCCCUGACUACCUUGGCUGCAAGAACAUCGGUACCCCCCCCGUAAUAGUAAGCACUUUGAGCUGCAGCAUUUAGAGAAGUCGGGAGAGAGAGAGCCUUUUUUAGGUCACCUCCGUUUCUGAUGGCUUGCUGCAUUUAAGAAGGAGCAGAAUUGCCUUUUAAGUUCACUUUAUUGCAGCAAUUACCCCCCUCCCCCCACCCCCAAGCACACAAGAAAAGCACCUCAUUAUUGUGGGCGCUGGGCCUCAGGGUCUGGGCAGUGCUGUGAGUUUGGGAAUCAUUGCUCAGUCUUUGUUCAGUGACUCGUGAAGCUCUUCUCUCUCCAGUUUCCUCUUUCAUGUUGGAUCAUGUCUCUCUUGCUACCUAAUGCAUUCUGUUUUGCUGUCUGAUAUUUUUCCUCUGCUAGCAGACCUUGGACUAUCUUUCCAUCUUGUUUACUUUCUGUUCUCAUGUGCUUUUUUUUUUUGCUUUCCAUUUUUUGCAUGUUUUUUUUUUUUUCUUGCUGCAGGAAGGAUUUAUUGUGCGUAGUCUGGUUGUGUUUUCUUCCAUCAAAGAAAGAUUUCGGGGGUUGUGGAGGAGGGGAAUCAAUUCUGAGCGUUUCAGUGCUUAAUUUUUCAGCCAAAUUAGGAUUAGGAGCUGUUGGAGAUGAUGGCUUUUUCUUUCUCCAUCCAACCCAUGUGCCAGACCUCAGGAGAUCAACCCAGGAAUGGUGAAGGCACGCUGGAAUCUCCCCAGCAGAACUGGUGUGUUUCUUGUUUUUUUUUUCCCAGGCCUCGUGCCAUCCAGUAGUAAUUAAAUGCAUCUCAGCUGCUGCUGUGCUGAUUUCGUAACAGCAGCACAGAUGAGUGGCACGAUGGACUGCUGUGCUUCCAGCCGGGCUGUGCAGCAGGCUGGAGGCGAACGUGCCCGCACAGAGAGCGGGCUGCUGUUUGAUUGCAGGGUUUGCACGGGCGGAGGGCAGGCUGCUGUUUGAUUGCAGGGAACGCCACGGGCACAGGAGCCGGGCUGGUGCUCGCAGGGAACGCGCUGGCUGAGGCGGCGCGCGGGGAGGCUGUGCGCAGCGGCAGGACUACAACUCCCGUGGUGCUUUGCGGCGGGCGCCGCCUGGGCGGCCAAUGGGGCGCAGAGGGGCGGUGGCGGCGCGCGCAUGCGCGGCGGCGCCGGCGGGGGGGGGGGGGAGGAGGCGGAGGGCGCGGAGCGGGGCCGGGACGCGGGCCCAGCGGCACGGAGCGCCGCCUUCCCCCGCCGCCAGCGGUCGCCCGCGCCCCGCCGAGCGCCUCCCCUUGGCCGCCGCGCCGGCCGGGAGCGGGCGGUGGGGGGGGCGGGCGGCCUCCCGGGGCGGAGCCCGGCGCCAGCGGCGGGGGCGCGGAAAUCGAGGCCGGGGCUCCGUCGGGCCUGCUGCUGCGGGAGGAGGCGGGCGGGCCUCCGCCGCCCCCGCCGCCGGCCUUUGUCUCCGCUGGGCUCGGAGGACGCGGCGGGGGCAGUUAGAAUGGAACAGACUGAAGGGAUCAUGGGAAACACAAUUCAGCAACCACCUCAGCUCAUUGACUCAGCCAACAUCCGCCAAGAGGAUGCCUUUGAUGCCAGCAGUGACAUUGCUGAAGAUGGUGGACAGACACCAUAUGAAGCUGCCCUACAGCAAGGCUUUCAGUACCCAACGCCCACGGCAGAGGAUCUGCCCCCCAUUGCUAAUGGCUACCCGGCCACCAUCAAUAUGUAUGAACCUCAAGCCAAAUUCCAGACGUACAGUCAAUAUCCCAAUGGUUCAGCCAAUGGUUUUGGUACAGUUAGAAACUUUAGUCCCCCAGAGUAUUACCACAUGGAAAACUCGAAUGCGAGGCCACAUGAAGUUCUGGAAAAGCCUUCCCCUCCUCAGCCACCCCCACCACCACCUCCAGUUUCACAGACGGUGAUUCCAAAGAAGACUGGCUCACCAGAAAUCAAACUAAAAAUAACCAAAACUAUCCAGAACGGCAGGGAAUUGUUUGAGUCCUCUCUUUGUGGGGACCUUUUAAAUGAAGUACAAGCGAGUGAGUAUGCUAAGGCAAAACAUGAAGGGAGGAAAGAGAAAAGGAAAAAAAGUAGCAAGCAUGACUCUUCCCGAUCGGAAGAGCGCAAGUCGCACAAAAUCCCCAAAUUAGAACCAGAGGAACAAAAUAGACCAAAUGAGAGGCUUAGCAUGCUGUCAGAGAGGCCAAGAGAAGAUGCACUGUUGGAGGAAGCCCCGGUGCAGCAGUUCUUGCCUUCUCUUCCAACACAAGUCAGCCAUGACAUCAAGUUUCAGGUUGGCGAUCUGGUUUGGUCCAAGGUGGGAACGUACCCAUGGUGGCCUUGCAUGGUUUCAUGUGAUCCACAGCUUGAUGUUCAUACCAAAAUUAAUACAAGAGGUGCCCGUGAAUACCACGUUCAGUUCUUUAGCAACCAGCCAGAACGGGCGUGGGUGCACGAGAAGCGAGUCCGGGAGUACAAAGGACACAAACAAUACGAGCAGUUAUUGGCAGAGGCUGCUAAGCAAGCCAGCAACCAUUCUGAGAAGCAGAAGAUUCGCAAACCAAGGCCACAAAGAGAGCGUGCUCAGUGGGAUAUUGGUAUUGCCCAUGCUGAGAAAGCAUUGAAAAUGACUCGGGAAGAAAGGAUAGAACAAUACACCUUCAUUUAUAUAGACAAAGAGCCAGAGGAGGUUUUGUCAAAAGCCAAAAAGACCACUGCUUCUAAAUCAGAGACCAAGAAGAACCGGCGUCCAAAGCCAGCACUGAACACCCAGACAGAGCACGCCAACGUGGUAACGGGAUCACCUUCCAGUGCAGAGCUGCGAAGGCAGAGCCAACGGAGGCAGUCGAGUGCAGAAGAGGAGGAACCACCACCUGUGAAAAUUGCAUGGAAAACAGCUGCAGCUAGAAAAUCCUUACCAGCUUCAAUAACCAUGCACAACUUGGAUCUUCAGAAAUGUAACAUGUCUCCAGUUGUUAAAAUUGAGCAGGUUUUUGCUCUUCAAAAUGCUGCUGGGGAUGGAAAACUCAUCGAUCAGUUUGUGUAUUCCACUAAGGGAGUUGGUAACAAAGCAGAAAUAAGCGUCAAAGGACAGGAGAAGCUCAAUUCUUCAUCCAGUCAGAGAAAUGAAAAAGCAACGUGCAAUGUGCAAAAUGCAUCCUCUCCUGAAACAACUUCUGGGUCAGCAGGUUCUGUAGAAAAGAAGCAACAGCGAAGAUCGAUUCGAACCCGCUCAGAGUCUGAGAAAUCCACCGAAGUUGUGCCAAAGAAGAAGAUCAAAAAGGAGCAGGUUGAAAUGGUUCCCCUGACAGCAGUGAAGACAGGCCUGCAGAAAGGUGCCAGCGAGAUUUCAGAUUCUUGUAAACCUUUAAAGAAGAGGAGUCGAGCCUCAACUGAUGUGGAAUUGACGAGCUCAGCCUACAGAGAUGCAUCUGACUCUGAUUCAAGAGGACUCAAUGAUUUACAGGGUAGUUUUGGAAAGCGUUCGGACAGCCCGUCAGCUGCUGUCGAUGCUGAUGCUUCUGAUGUGCAGUCAGUGGACUCCAGCUUAUCCAGGAGAGGAACUGGAACAAAUAAAAAAGACACUGUUUGUCAGAUCUGUGAGAGCUCUGGUGAGUCACUGGUGUCCUGUGAGGGCGAGUGCUGCAGCACCUUUCAUAUGGAGUGUCUGGGCCUGAAGGCGAUGCCGGAGGAGAAGUUCUUCUGCACGGAGUGUAAAAAUGGAGAACACACGUGCUUUUCUUGCAAACUUCCUGGCAAAGAUGUGAAGCGCUGCUCCGUCAGUGCGUGCGGUAAAUUCUACCACGAGGCGUGCGUGCGCAAGUUUGCCACAGCUCUGUUUGAGUCACGAGGAUUUCGGUGCCCGCAGCAUUGCUGUUCUGCCUGCUCCGUGGAUAAGGACAUCCAUAAAGCAAGCAAAGGUCGCAUGGUGAGAUGUUUCAGAUGUCCCAUUGCCUAUCACUCAGGAGAUGGCUGUAUUGCUGCAGGAAGCUUAUUUGUGUCAUCACACAUUCUCAUCUGUAGUAACCAUUCCAAAAGGAAUCACUCCUCAUCAGCUGUAAAUGUAGGCUUUUGUUUCGUUUGUGCAAGAGGUGGAAAACUGUUGUGCUGUGAAUCCUGCCCAGCUUCCUUUCACCCUGAGUGUCUCAACAUAGACAUGCCUGAAGGAUGUUGGAAUUGCAAUGACUGUAAAGCUGGCAAGAAGCUACGUUACAAGCAGAUUGUUUGGGUCAAGCUUGGAAAUUACAGGUGGUGGCCAGCAGAGAUCUGCAAUCCCAGGUCUGUGCCUCUCAACAUACAGGGCCUCAAACAUGAUAUCGGGGACUUCCCAGUAUUUUUCUUUGGUUCACAUGACUACUAUUGGGUACACCAGGGCAGAGUUUUCCCUUAUGUUGAAGGAGAUAAAAGCUUUGCUGAGGGGCAAACUAGUAUUAACAAGACCUUCAAGAAAGCACUAGAAGAAGCAGCAAAGCGCUUCCAGGAGCUGAAAGCACAAAGAGAAAGCAAAGAAGCAUUAGAAAUCGAAAGGAAUUCAAGGAAACCUCCACCAUAUAAACACAUAAAAUCCAACAAGGUGAUAGGGAAGGUUCAGAUUCAGGUGGCUGAUCUGUCAGAAAUCCCCCGCUGUAACUGCAAGCCAUCUGAUGAGAACCCCUGUGGUCUGGAGUCAGAGUGUCUGAACAGGAUGCUGCAGUAUGAGUGCCACCCCCAGGUGUGCCCAGCGGGAGAGCGGUGUCAGAACCAGUGCUUCACCAAAAGGCUCUACCCUGAUGCUGAAAUCAUCAAAACUGAUCGACGUGGAUGGGGUCUCAGGACAAAAAGGAACAUUAAAAAGGGUGAAUUUGUGAAUGAAUACGUUGGUGAGCUGAUUGAUGAGGAAGAGUGCAGACUGCGAAUUAAACGUGCCCACGAGAACAGUGUAACCAAUUUUUAUAUGUUAACAGUUACAAAGGAUCGGAUAAUAGAUGCUGGUCCAAAGGGGAAUUAUUCUCGCUUCAUGAACCAUAGUUGUAAUCCAAACUGUGAAACACAGAAAUGGACGGUGAAUGGUGACAUCAGAGUUGGGCUGUUUGCUCUUUGUGACAUUCCUGCAGGAAUGGAGUUAACAUUUAAUUAUAACUUGGAUUGCCUUGGGAAUGGUAGGACUGAGUGUCAUUGUGGAGCAGAAAACUGCAGUGGUUUCCUAGGAGUGCGUCCAAAGACAGCAUUUGCAACAGCAAAUGAAGAGAAGGUGAAGAAUGCAAAAUUAAAGCAGAAGAAGCGGAAAAUAAAAACAGAACAGAAGCAGAUGCAUGAAGACAACUGUUUCCAGUGUGGAGAUGGGGGAGAACUUGUCAUGUGUGAUAAGAAGGACUGUCCCAAAGCUUACCACCUCCUAUGCCUUAACCUGACUCAACCACCUUUUGGAAAGUGGGAAUGUCCGUGGCAUCAGUGUGACAUCUGUAGCAGUCCUGCAGUUUCGUUCUGUGAGUUCUGCCCUCAUUCGUUCUGCAAGGAUCACGAGAAGGGAGCCCUGCUGGCAUCGGCGCUGGACGGCCGUCUCUGCUGCUCCACACAUGACCCCAAAUCUCCUGUGGCACCCGAGUACUGGAACAAGAUAAAAUGCAAAUUGGAACCUCAGAAUCCUGUAGAAGAAGCAAAGGAGUGAAUUUUUGUUUAAAAACAAACAAAAAAACAAGAAGGGAGGGAAGAAGAAGAGGGGCAAAUAGGCGAUGAACUUGAAGAGACUGCUAUGACACAUUCAGUCUGUAUCAUCGGCGCUGUCUUGUGUGAACUGGGAGUGGGACCACUUACCAUUUACCAAGCAGAAGCAGGCAGUGGUGUUUGUUUUUUAUUGUUUGGUCUUUUACCCUUGAAUGUGCUACAGCAGCUCUUACUGUUGGAUAACAAACGUCUCGGCCUUCUAAAGCAAACAGUAGACCUUUUGACAGUGAAAAGAAUAUUCUGUUUAAAGAUGUUCAAGUGUAGAAAACAAAACAUAGCAACAUAUUUAUUUAUUUAAUUUCUAAAGGAUGUUGAAGAUCUGGCUUGGAUCAGUCAGCGUGUCUUUAAAAACAGCGAAGCCAACAUAACUCCCACGUCUAGUUUACAAAAAGAGCAAACCCUCCCCGCGCUGUGUAACAUUCAGGUAUCAUGAAGACAAAUAUGGGUUUCAGACCAGGUGACUGAAAUGCCUCCAUCCCGUACUUAUUUUUAAGGGCAGGUUGUAUAUCAUGUUAACUUGUGAAUAUUGCUGUAAAGCUUUUCCUGUGAGAAGUAACGUGUAUGGCUCUUCGGGAGUGCUUGUAACAUGAGUGCUAACAUUUUGAGAAGGAAGGAAGUAGCUGCUUGCUGGAGAGCUGUAAUUGGUGUUGUUUGCAGACAGGUGGGAAUUCAGACGGAGCUGAAUUGCACGAUGGUCAUUUCUUUACUAGGAAAACCUUCCUAGUUAGGAGAGCUCCUGGCCGUGGUCGCACUGCAGCACGCAGAACUGAGGUCAGCACGCUGCCCUGGGAGCACUGCCUCUGUCUUCUCUUGGUGGAGGAUUGUUCUGUGUGUGGAUUUGUCAUCUGCCAAGUUCUGCACUUGUUUUAUGGCAAUUAUGUUAUUGUGAAUCUUUAUUGCUUUCUUCUCAGACUCCCAUUGGCUUCAGAGGCAAUUCGAGGGCUUAAGGAAUCCAACCCAUCUUCAUGUUCCUUUUGGUUUGAAUAUUUAUGUUUUUAGUGAAAAAGAUUUUCUGACUUUAUAAUGUUCACUGUGAAUGGAGCUAAGAAAAGCAAGUUAGUCCCCUCCAGCACUUCUGCCAUAACAGAGUGUUUGCUGUGCUGGGUAAUGGGAUUCACAGCAGCCACUCUCAGCCUGGUGGGGUGUUUGUGUUUUGUAUUUCCUUUGUUAAUCUGCAGGGGAACAGGCUGCUUCACGGAGGCUGCUGAGGUGGCUUAGGUAGGCUCCUGCUCCAGAUUUUCUUCUGCAAACCUAUCCUGUCUUGCAAUCCUCAAGCAAGGAGCUUAGAGGGAUUAGUUUCCCCAGGCUGAAGUUGGUCGUUGGUGAAUCUCCUCUCCUAGCCUGCAGCCUUUCCAAGUGCCACAGUCAGCGUGCUUUGGCUGUGUGCUGGUGCUAGCUUUUUGCUAACGGCUCUUGGAGGUAACCCCGAAUGAAAGGAAUUAAUAGUAAGUGUUGCUGGCAUCUGGCUAAAUCGAGCCUUUGAAUUAAUUCUCAAGAACCCUGUCUCUGGGAAACUGCUGACAUAAACCUGCAGGAACGUGGUGACUUCUCAGCCUGAGAAAACAGGCAAGGAAGGCACGUGUGGGAUUUUGGAGCCUGUCUUGCUUCUGGCUGCUGUCCUUCUCACUCUCUAACUUACGCAUGGGGGGGAAAAAAUGUGUGUGCACUUGUGAAGUUACAGAAUACACUACGGUCCCUUGAAGCAGCCGUGGUGCCAAGCAGCUGAUCUGAGCAGGCUGAGCCCUCCUGCAGCCUGUGGGUGUUUGGGGGCGCAGCGGUGCCAGUGCUGCUGGGCUCAGCCGAUGGCACGGAGGGCUGGUGGGGACAUAAAGCACUUCUUGUGGUCCAUGCUACGGUGAAUGUCUGAAACACUAAUCUUGCUUGAAAUAUUUUUUACAGAAAUAUUUACGGAAAGAAUUUUAUUUUUCUGAAGGUUUUGUGUGAGAAAUGUCUCUUUUUGAGCUCUUACUGGGGGUGUUUCACCUCUUUAGGGAUUCCAAACGCAGCCGUUGCUGCGGUGUCUGUAAGGCCUGAUGUGUUUACUUUGUUUUAUUUAUUAGUCUUGGUAGUGUUGAAAUGAUUUUCUCCUGGGAAGUCAGAGCAUUCCGAUGAUUGCAAACGUGUUGUAGUGUGAGUGCACCUCACUCUGUGUCCGUGGGGACAUACUGAGGUGUGCUGAUGCCAGAAGCCUUCACAGCUGUUGGAGAUGGUAGUGAGCAGAACACAGCUGGUGAGCAUUAAUUGCCACGUGAGACCUGCUGCUGUGAUGUACUGUUAUGCUGGAUAGCACAGAAAGGGAAGGUUUGCAAAAGGCUUUAAAGACUUCUGAAAUGCUGUGAAUUGAGGCCUGCUGCUACUCCUGUGCUGUGCCACUCGAUUCCUGCUUAACUUUUUUCUCAAACUUCUUACAGGUGCUCCUUUUUUCCACCAAAAAAAAAAAAAAAAAAGUAAUAAUGAUAGCCAGCAGCUGGGCUUGGACUCAAAAGGGAAAGCAGGAAAUUGGUUUGUAAGCCUGUGCAGCUCAUGAACAAAAGUCAGAACUGGAUGUCGCACUGCUGAAGAGAAGGUGAAUCUUUCUGAAAUCAUAAAGGGUGGUUUGAGAAAGUACCUAAUUCAGAGCAGCUUGAUGGUUGUGCUGAGUUCGUCCUGUGUGCCAAAUGCAGAGCUUUAAAACACGCCUUUUCAACCACAUCCUGGUAAAUGGAGAAGAACGAGAGUGCAGCUCCUUUGUAUGGGGGGGAAAGGAUGCGACAGAUCUGUGUUGUGAUUAGCUGACAUCAGCUGCUGGAUUCCAUCUGUGUGGUCUUGGGAGUGGGGAGCAGUGCUGGGCAGCUUGGCCGUGUGUGCAAAGGCCUGCAGGAAACCCCCAGAGCUGCUGCUGAUGCCAUUGAGGUGUGCAGCCUUCUGUUCCCUGGCUGGGCCGUGCAGUCAUGCUUCUCCCUUACUUCUGUCUUAAUUCUUGGAGGCAGCGCUGUGCUUCAGGUGCACAGCUGUGCAGCCCGCGCUCUCUGUAGUGUGCAGCAUCUGAGCUGCUCUGCUCAGUGAGCAGGACUUUGGUGUUUCCUGGACCCUGUGCUCUGCAGCAUGCACCUUUGUGCAGUGCGGGUGUUCUGCAGAUCGCAGCCAGAUGGUGCAAUGGGCAAUUAGUGCAGUUUCCUGCACACGUGGCACAAGCGUUAGUUAUUGUAGCUUUCAGAUUCAGCAGACUUGUCUUAUCUAUGGACUGUGAGGAUCAAAGGCAUUAUUUGCAGCUCAGGAAGGACGGCAUGAUGAUGGUUUCGUGGGCAAAUUCCCUUCUCUGGUCAUCACCACGGUCUGAGUUUCUUACUAUGGAGUAAUGGGGCUGGAACGUAGGAUUUUGGCCUUUCUUCUAAAACCUUGUUAUCUUUGUUUCAGGAUAGAACGAGAGACACAAUUACUAGAUGUAAUUAACAAUGAGCAUAGAAUCUGUAUAUAUUGAGACUUUACAGAACUAUGGGGUGGGUGGGGGAGGAGGGCGGGAGGGGACGUCCAGCGCUGGUACGAAGUGGUCACUUUAACAUGAAACCUCUGCCUCAUUGAAUUCAGGGUUUAAUGUACUUGAAGCUCUGCAUUCCUUAUCCAGCUUUGUUUAUUUAUACAUCCCUUGUUUUGUGUACGGCAUUGAAGAUGUGUUCACCUCCCUGCUGCCAGCCCUGCUCCCGUGGCACGUGGAGCUCCGCGGUGCCGCCCGGGCAGCGAUGGCCGUUUGUGUUUGGUCUCAGCUUUCCCCCGCCUUACCUUCGUGUAGCAAAAUGGUUUGCACUUCUGAUACACUCCUAUCCUUUGGAUGUACUCACAGUGUUGUUCUAAGGAGGAAAAAAGAAGCCGUUUCCUAUCGUGUCGUGUUGCUGAGCGGCGGAUUCGGGUCCUUGUGCUCCCGUGAGGGGCUCUCACUGCUGGAGAGGGGGAAACGGAGCGGAGAUCUGAGCUUUGCACGGGAGAUGAGUGGGAGUGAAUGGGAAUCAAUCUCCUUUGCACGGGUAAUCAACGUGAGAACAGAAGGGCGCGCAGCACGCGUGGCUCCGUGCCGGCUGUGAGCUUUUGGUCCCUUCUCUGGGCGAAGGUGGGAGCCCCGCACUCACUGCUGUGUGUCCGUUUGGUGCCACUUCUCCCUCCUCAUCGCAGGGGAUGGCAGCGACCGCCUGCGGGGAUCCAUGGGGCCUCCACGGCGUCCUCAGUGCGUGCGCUUUGUUCCCCUGCACCAAACUCUGUGGGUUCUGUGAGAUGUUCUUUGACCGAAAUCACUUUGAGUCUUUACCUGCAGCGCAUCAGCAGUCACCGAAGUCACUGUAGGGCUGGGAAGCCGACCCGGAGCUCCGGGUGCCGUUCUGGGGUGUUACCAUGCAAUGGUUGGUGUUGCCAAACGUGGGCUUUGAGAAAUGCCAUACGGGGGGUUGUGUCGUUCGGCCUGCGUUCUCUUGCAUAGUGUGAAGCCUGUAAAGCUCGGUUACCCUGUACAUAGGUAGCUUAUUGUCAGCCGGUUCUAGCGUACUUAGCCUUGCCUGUAAUAUUUUAGCUUCUUACUGAAUGUGUGUGAUGGUAGGACAUAUAAUUUUUGUACAUUAUAUUUACUGAGAUGUUGCCUUUUUUAUUUUACAAAUACUUUGGAAUUCAGAUGUGUUUUUGCUUCCGUGAGGAUUCAUUUGGAAAGGUUUUUAAAUGACAUUCCACCGAUUUGAACUUUUGCUUGAGGUUGACUUCAAUAAAUCGUUCUGAAUGUUCCAAC